UAUUUGUUUCACGCGUGCUUUCUUAACACAUCUUCAUUCCCAGCUGUAGAACAAAUCGACAUCAGCUGGGUUUGCAUCAAGUAGCACCUUGGUGACCAAACGUAGUGGAAUUUGAAGCAAACUUAGUCGUGCGUUCUGCAAAGUGAAGGCUAUUCGUGCAAACCUGCCAAAUAUCUCUUUUGUCGCGGCGAGGCACGCGACAAAAGGGCGAUAACAGUACAUCGAACCCCGGCUAACAAAGAGGUCUUUUUCUCAACGUCAACAUUUUUCCUCCAUAUUCCCUAGUGAUGAGUCAUGUGUCCGUGGAGAAUGUCCAUGGUCUAGAACAACAGCUUGCUGUCCUAGACUUGAAUGUGGGAGACGGACAAGGUGGUGGCACCAACAGAAGAUACAUUCCUCCACAUUUACGGAACAAAGAUGGUCCUAAAAAUGGAGGAAAUGUGUUUGCUGCCAGGGCAGGCUACACCAUCGCACCUGCCGCCGCCUUUGGCUGGGAUGGGGCCCGCGGCAACUUUGUCAAUGGCUACCAUGACAACCGUAUGACUGGCGGGAACACUUACAAUCGUGGCCCGCCUCGCAUGGAACGGGGCCGAGGGGGCAUGGGCGGAGGCGGCUAUCGUGGAAACAGAGGUGGAUCCUUCAAUCCCAUCAACCCUGCUCAGUCAAUGGGCUUCGGGUUGUAUGAAAGCAAAGACGCUGGCGGUUGGAACACAGCCAAGGAUGCCUACAGCAGCUUCGGAAACAAUCGCGGAAAAUCUGCUUUCUUUAAUGACAGAAGCAAUGCAAAUCGUGGACGGUUUGACCAUGGUGGGUAUAGCGGCGGUGGAAACAGUCGCUGGGUGGAAGAGGCCUGCACUGAUGGAGACUGGUCCAAACCAACACCCCUCAAUGAACGACUUGAACAUGAGUUGUUCUCCGGCAGCAACACUGGGAUUAAUUUUGAGAAAUACGAUGACAUUCCUGUUGAGGCCACUGGACAGAAUUGCCCUCAUCACAUCGAGAGUUUCCAGGACAUAGACAUGGGUGAGAUUAUCAUGGGCAACAUUGCGCUGAGCCGCUACACCCGACCAACCCCUGUCCAGAAAUAUGCCAUUCCAAUCGUCAAGUCCAAGCGAGACCUCAUGGCCUGCGCACAGACAGGUUCUGGAAAGACAGCGGCAUUCCUGCUGCCAGUUCUCAGCCAAAUCUACGCCGAGGGACCAGGAGAUGCUCUGAAUGCAGCGAAAGCCUCUGGGCAGGAGAAUGGAAAAUAUGGCCGUCGCAAGCAGUACCCCAUUUCGCUGGUCCUUGCCCCUACUCGAGAGCUAGCUCUACAGAUAUAUGAUGAAGCCAGGAAGUUUUCAUACCGAUCCAGAGUCCGCCCCUGUGUCGUGUAUGGAGGAGCAGAUAUUGGCCAGCAGAUCAGAGAUCUCGAGAGAGGAUGUCACCUACUGGUGGCUACCCCGGGAAGACUCGUGGACAUGAUGGAGAGGGGCAAGAUUGGACUAGACUACUGCAAGUACCUUGUCCUGGAUGAAGCGGAUCGCAUGCUGGACAUGGGCUUUGAGCCUCAGAUACGUCGCAUCGUUGAACAGGACACCAUGCCUCCGAAAGGCAACCGGCAGACCAUGAUGUUCAGCGCCACCUUUCCCAAAGAAAUACAGAUCCUGGCAAGGGAUUUCCUGGAUGACUACAUCUUCCUGGCAGUGGGACGAGUGGGCUCCACCUCAGAGAACAUCACUCAGAAGGUGGUUUGGGUGGAAGAGAGCGACAAGAGGUCUUUUCUCCUGGACCUGCUCAGUGCCACAGUCAUCCCCAGCGAAGUGCAGGACAAUGCUGGAGAGAACAUGGAGAAGCCUGGCAAGGACUCACUGACUCUGGUUUUUGUGGAGACCAAAAAAGGCGCAGACGCCUUGGAGGACUUCCUGUACCGGGAAGGGUACGCCUGCACCAGCAUCCAUGGCGAUCGUUCCCAGAGGGACCGAGAGGAGGCCCUGAACCAAUUCCGAUCUGGAAAGUGCCCCAUCCUGGUGGCUACAGCUGUUGCAGCUCGUGGUCUUGACAUCUCCAAUGUGAAACAUGUUAUUAACUUCGACCUGCCAAGUGACAUUGAAGAGUAUGUUCACCGCAUUGGACGCACAGGACGAGUAGGAAACCUGGGACUGGCCACCUCGUUCUUCAACGACAAGAAUGGGAACAUCACGAAAGACCUACUGGACAUCCUGGUGGAAGCCAAACAGGAAGUUCCUUCAUGGCUCGAGAGCCUAGCUUAUGAGCACCAGCAUAAGAGCAGCAACCGUGGACGCUCUAAGAGGUUCGCUGGUGGUUUUGGAGCGCGUGACUAUCGUCAGACGGCCGCAGGAGGCAACGCCGGAGGCUUUGGAGCACGCGGUGUUCGGAACCAAGUGGGACAUGGAGGAGCCCGUGGCUUUGCAGCAGGUGGCUUUGGAACCUUCUACACAAGCGACGGCUACGGCGGCAACUACUCGCACUCUCAAGUCGACUGGUGGGGCAACUAGACGUUCUCUCUCUCUCAUCCCUCCCCACUCAGCUCUUUUCCUUUCUCAACUCUGCUGUCUUCAUCCCAUCUGCCACCCUAGUCAACAUUUAGAACCUAUGUGCAUGCGAUUAUAAAUAUACCGUACUCAUAAUACAGCACCCCCACGACAUCCCUGGACAGUGUAAUCUAAAUUUAAAAUCUCACAACACACGGAAAAGCGAUUCUUCCAUUUCCAUUUUACUAGAUUCCCGCCGCGGGACACUUUCUUUGUGGCACUUUUCAUAUUUGAAUUUUGGCUCCAUGUUUUUUACUGCCUUCACUCAAUUGCAAAGGCUUCCAGUGAGCCUCUCCGCACCCAAGUGUCAUGUUUGUUUAAUGCAUGUCCGGCGUCUGAAGGAAGAAAAAAACCAAAAGAACAGCACUGAGACAUGAAACAAAUUCCAAUAUUGGAACUGGCUGAGGCCUCCAUUGGUAAGAGAGGUCACAAAUCUUGCUCUUAGUCUUUUGUUUUAACCUUUUCUUUUAAUUGAAGUGCAUAUGUGCACAGGUUUUGGUAAGAUGUCCGAGGAGACCCAGAAAAUGAUGGGAUGGAAUUUGGAUUGCGAGCAAGUAUUGUUGCCCAUUACUUGAAAUGUCAGCUAACAGAAUCAUAGGACUUUUAUUUUACUUGGCAAAAAUAACAACAAGAUCAUUUGUUUCUGUACUGUGCCUUUCAGAAUUCGAGCAUUGGCUUUUCUUAGUUCUGUUCUGUGAGAAACACACUUUAUGUCAUGUAUGGGUUUGUUAUCUUGAUUUCUCUUUGGAAGGAAACAAGCUAGACUUGAACUAAAUCAAACCUUGGCAAAACAAAACAAAACAAAACUAAACUGAACUCUGUAAAACUGCCAUGAGGAAACUCAAACGCGGUUCCUCAUGAUCUGAUCCGGUUCUUAAAAGCAUCAAACCUCUCGCGGUAGGCUUUGUGCUUCUAGAAAUCACAUGUCAGUCCUGCAGCUCUACUUUGAGCUUGAAGUCAAGAAGUUCCUCGCAUAGUUGCCAAAAGUUGGUAUUUCAGUAACUGGGCUGCUGACGAACUAAGCAGUGCAGCAAACUCAAAGGAUGUGGGUUUUUUUUCUUUCUUCCGCACCCCUCUUCAAUCAAAUGCAGACCUUGCUGACUCGGUCAGGAUAAUAAAUUCCAACCAUCAGUGCCCAUGUCUGUUGUGCCAACUCUUGGCAUUCCUAUGCUCCCGGGAACCUGACUCUGCCUCCACCCACAAACUUUGAAGCCCUUUUUGGCCAAAAGCAUCUUUCAAGGGGAAACCCAACUAAAAAGACUCAGAAAUCCAAAAUUCCCUGCUCACUCUAUCCUGGAGAGUCAUAUAAAGAGUUUUCUCUUUAAAAAGAAAAAAAAAAGAACAUCAUUCCAGUAUUGCUUUGAGUGUUUUGGGAUUAGUUGCAGUCGGGGAUGAAUGCAUAUGCAAUGCAUCGGGCCCAAGUGUUUCCCAGCAGGGCAGCAGAGGCUUGAAGGGGAGUAAUAAGACAAACAUGAGAAAAGCGAUUGUUUCCUUUUCAAGUUAUGAGAUGGGGCCCCGUCAGUUUUUCCAAACUGCACUGUGAUAAUGGCGAUGAUGAUGAUGAUAAUGAGCCACAUGGCGACUUGCCCCGCUAGACCUCAGAACACAGUAAAACGAGGAUUUGCCACAUUUGCACUCGGCCCUGCUGUGGAACCAGGCCAUGUUUAAGAAACCUCCACCACCUUGCGUUGGGAGUGUAGCGGCAAAAGUCAACGUGCAAAUUUGUUUUAUUUACAUGUAGAUAACCUGUAAAUGGUUGAAAAUUGUUUGAGUGGAAAUCUGCUUGGUCACUCAGUACUGGGAUGGACGCUGUCCUGAGAGAGAGGAGUUCACUGGACAAUUUGAUUACAAUAGAUUUUCUCGCAAAAUUGCCCACGCAGCAAAAAAAGUGGACUCAGACAAUUGGACAUAUGCAAGUGUUGUUGUUUUUUUUUGGUCAAGCAAUUUAGACAUGCAAAAACAAGUUAAGCAGGUUUUUAGUUGAUGCUGAUUUGUUCUUUUUACCCCCUUUUGUGUACUUGUGUGUGUGAGAAAUUGUUUUUGUUUUUUUUUAAUCUUUGUUACACUGGGAGCUAGUGUUGUGUAGUUUGUUGGGAGGUCACAUUCAAUCAAGUAAAAAGUCCCUAAAAGCAGCAUUUAGUUUCCGGGCAAUGGGAGAGCACAUGCACAUCAUAAUGAAUCCCAUGAAAUGAGGUUCUCCCCUUCUCUAGCGGCGAGAUGAGAUGUGCUCAAGGACAGACCGAUUCUGUCUGCAUGUUGUUUUUAUGGGCUGAAUUUCCAGUCUUUGUGGUUGAGCUGCAGUAGGUUUUGACCUGAGGGGCUGUCAUGUGAGUGCUGCUCACUUGAUACCGAGUAGACCGUAGGCUUGCAUAUGACAAUCAGUUCAGGACUUCAUUGUCGUUUCAUCAAUCAUGCCCCUCUGGAAAUAAAAAAAGGUUUUGGUGACACCUUAACACGCCUGUUGGCUGUUCGUCACCGUGCCACACACCCCGCCCACUCACAAUUAACAUCCAGAGUUCAUUCAACAGAGAUCCUUUUGUGGUCGGCAUGCACUUUGCUGUCAUGAACACUGACUUGCUCUGUGCCUUGAAAUCCUUCCUUCCAGACUGAAGCGUGUGGGGACUCGGUGUUGCCCCGCACGCGCACACACGUGUACCUCCUACAUCACUUCAGCUUCUCAUAAAUAUCUAAAACCAGUCACCUAACAUUGUUUAUGACCAGCAGGUUGACCCUCUGGUUUUAGCAUUUAGCUCUAAGCGCUGAUUGCACAGUUUCUAGUAUUAGCUGGGGUUUUUUUUCUGCUUUUCUGGGUCUGUCGUUUCCAUCCGUUGAUGAAGAUUGAUACGUCACACACAGCCUCCAUCGCAAAUCAUUUACCUUUUGAUGCCUUAAAUUCAAAACAGAUAGUCAGUCCUAACAAAAGUGAUUAUAAGUUAUACUUGAUGCUGUGUUACCGUGGAGUUCUUUGAAUCGAUAGCACCACCACGGCAGAGAAUUCAGCACUUGUGUGAGAACAGAUUCUUGAGACGAGGAUGUUUGUGUCGGGGAACAAUGGUGCUAUGCUCCCUUUUCUGCGGCCCGCAGGCUUGCAUUUGUAGAAAGACUGAACACGCUUUUACCAAGUUACACAAAUGUCUUCUGUAGCACAGGUCCUCCCAACGCCUCGCAAGAGGUCCAUGUGAGGGUGGGUCUGUAGUUGCCAAAAUGACACCUCCUUCGUGGUAUAAGAAAUGUGUGUGUAUGUGUUUGUGUGUGUGUAAGGGAAGGAUGUUACAGAUGUGAAGCUCUCUUUGCGGGGACCCUGUUUGAGUUGUAGUUCAGAACAGCAGCAAGAUCCAGCUGAUUGCACCCAAAGUUCUUGAAUCUACUUUCGCUCGUUUGUGUAAUUUAUCAAACAUUUUUGAGAAAUAUUUAUUUUUAUAAGCCUAGUGCAAAUGUUUAAAAAAAAAUAAAGAAAUAAAAAAAAAUAAGUGACUUGACCAAAAGACAGUGAACAAAAACACUGGCACAUGAAUGUUGAAUGUCAUUGGUAUGAGUGAAAAUUUCUAUUUUUCUGGGGUAGUGUGAGCUUUUUAAUAACGGCGUAAUGAGGUUUCUCGGAGUACGUCAUGUCACAUGCUGUAAUGGCACACUUUUACCAUACAAUUAGACCUCAAACGGCAUCAGCAAUCACUGGCCUUACAACCGAGGUGACAUAUGGCGAGAAACCGAUUACCUUGAAAGUCUCAUUGGACUCAGUAUCAGAUACACUAACCUGCUUGUACAACAGGUUCCGAUGCCAACCAUGAUGAUGAUAAUAAUACAACAUUAGCAGCCAUUUUCAAUUGGCCCCAAAAAAUUAUAAUUUGAGACAAUUCCACUGAAUAUGCCAAGGUUUGGAUUAAAUUGUAAGACUCAAACAAACGUUUUGUAAGAAAAACCCACAAAAGCACCAAAAAAAAACCCCUACCAAGUACAAACAUGUCCAGAUUUGCUCCAAGUCAGGUUUUUUUAUUUUUAUUUUUUGGUGUUCAUUUGUUUUGACACUUUUCCUUCCUGUUGAUACCCUUUGUGUGAUUGUCUAUCAAGUGGAGAUGUUAAGUCUAUAACAGAAAAUUAACUGUGGUUCUAUCGCCAUGUUGUUGUUGUGAUCUGCAAAGUUUCAGGCUAGGCGUUUUCAUGCGCUCACUGCUGAACAUCCGGCCAGUCAGGAAAUGGGCAAUCGAUGUAUGAUGCCUCGAUUUUCUUGUUUGCCGUCACAGCUCCUCUGCCUCUUUGCACCAGAUCGUAACGGGGCCACAGCUCAUUUCCCCCAUUGGUGGCAUAUCAAAGAUAUCCAGCCUUUUAUGUUCCAGAUUUUGCAAAUGUAGUAAGUUCUUGGCCCCUCAAGUUGUUUGCAGAAG